AUGGAUUACUCUUUCCUCCAUAAUAAAAUUAUAAAUAAAGUAUUAAUUUCUAAAGCAUUGAUAAUUUAUUUAAUCUUUCAAUUUGGUAAAAAAUAUAUAUAGCGCGUGCUCCCCUAUAGACUUUCAAAGAAAAUGCCCUUCAAAGAAAAAAAUUAUUUUGAAAUUCCAAAAAGUCAGAUAUCAAUUAAAAAAUGUCAUUAUAUAUGUCCUAUUUGUCAAUUUGAAAAUUGACUUUUUCAGAUUUUUUCCUGAAUUUACAAUUUAAAUUUUUUUAUAUAAAGCAAUUGUCCCUUAGGGAUCUAAAAUGAGGCUUGUGCUAUACCUGAAAAUUCUAAAAAUCUGGCCUCCUCAAAUACAGCUGUUUGGCAAACUUAUAAUGAUUGAAUACAAAGACCUAAAAUCUAUAUCAAUAUCACUCUACAAAACAAAAUAACUUCUUAUAAAUAUAUAUAA